AUGGCGACGAAACAACAAAACAAUAGCAUCGCGUACGCGAUGAUACCCUUCAAAUUGUUAACGUGGCCUAUCGGCGUUUGGCCGCUGCAGGUUUACAACCACUUUUCGUUAAUACGAUGGAUCGUGGCCACCUGUUGCUUGAGCAUAAUAGUGAUCUUGCCGAUCGUCGAGCUUCGGCUCGGUUGCACCGACGCGGAAAAGAACGUGGACUCUAUCAUGAUGAUCUCUUGCGGACUCCUAGCUAUGCUGAAGACGAUAUGGUUUCGCGUUUACGCGAACAAUUUGACGGACAAUCACAAUUCCGCGAUAAACGAUUAUCUCACGAUCGAGGACGCGGAUAAAUGUGUUAUCAUGCGACGACACGCGUUCGUCGGGAGGAUGCUCGCUUGCUUCAUGAUAUGUUUCUCUUACGUCGCGAGCGCGGUAUUUACGUUGGUUUCUGUCUUAACCGACGAGGGAACCGCGACGAGGAACGUAACGAUCGAAGAAGCGACGGAGGAUUAUCCGAUUCCGUCGAGAUGCACCUUGGAAUAUAUCGACAUGCCGUCGAGCAUGUCGAAGUUCGUUCGAUUUUUUGAAUUCAUUGUGCUCGUGCUCACAAGCACGAGCAACCACGGCACCGACGCGUUGUUUCUCAACAUAACGUUGCACGUUUGCGGCCAGAUGAAAAUUCUGAAAAACGACUUCAGCAAUUUCAACGUUUCUAAAUCGGAAGUUCGCGGUCGCUUUGUCGCGUUAAUCGACAGACACAAUCAUCUGAUAACGAUGGCGAGUGAACUCGCCGAGACGAUCAGUUUCGUCUUGCUGAUGCAAUUCUUCGUCAGCAGUAUACUUUUAUGUAUAGUAGGAUUUCAAUUAAUUCUCGCGCUAAAAACUCACAAUAUCGGCAUGUUGGCAAAAAGCGCCAUGAUACUAUGUUCCUUUCUGUCGCAGCUGACGGCAUAUAGCGUCGUCGGUGACUACUUGAAGUCCCAAAUGGAAGAAGUGGGACAGUCUAUUUACCGAAGCAAUUGGUACGAUCUUCCCGCAAUUGUCACGAGAAAUCUCGUAUUCAUUAUGAUGUGGGAUCAGCUUCCGAUCAAGUUCCAGGCUGGUAACUUCAUUGUGGUAAAUCUGUCGACUUACAUGAGCAUUCUGAAGACCUCCGUUUCUUACUUAUCCGUUCUACGCGUGAUGGUAGACGCGUAG